CUUCCGGUUGACCGAAAUAUUUACCAUUCAAAUCAAGCGCUCAUAUGAGAAAUCUAAAUAUUUUGUUGCAUAUAUGAGUAUUAUUAAUCCAUAAUGGGAGAUGACAGUGAAUGGCUGAAACUUCCUGCUGAAGAAAAGUGCCAACAUAAGACAUGGAAAGCACGUCUAGCAGGAUAUGAAGAAGUUACAAAGAUAUUUAGCCAACAGACUGACCCAAAGUCUCCUGAAUUUCAGCGCUAUGCUGGCCUUAUGAAGAAAUUUGUAACUGAUUCCAAUGCCGUGGCUCAAGAAAAAGCAUUGGAUGCUGUUCUAGCAUUUGUAGAGAAUGCUGCUGUAGCAUCCAGAGUAUGUGCUGAUGUAGUUAGUGGUGUAAUAGCUAAAUGUCUUGGUGCACCAAAGCAAAAGACCAAAGAUAAAGGAAUAGAAAUUGUUUUGAUGUUUGUCGAAAUAGAAAAACCAGAUGUUGUUCAGGAAUGUUUAUUGCAAGGAACAGAAAAUAAAAAUCCUAAAAUAGUUGUUGGAUCUAUACAGAUAUUGAGAAUGGCUCUUCAUGAAUUUGGUUAUAAAGUAAUGCCAAUUAAGCCAGUGAUGAAAAUUUUACCUAAACUAUUGGAAGACCGAGAUAAGAACAUCCGUGAAGAGACGAAGCAGCUAGUUAUAGAAAUAUACAGAUGGAUUGGCAAUGCUAUCAAACCACAAAUGUCACAUUUUAAACCAGUGCAAGUGACUGAAUUAGAAGGAGAGUUUGAGAAGUUAGGGAAUGAGAAGGCACAGCAGCAAAGAUUUAUGAGAUCUCAACAGGACCUGAAAGCUAAGAUGGAAGAAGCUGCUGCCACAGGAGGGGAGGAGGGAGGAGAUGAUGGUGGAGAAGAAGAAGAGGAAGCUAUAGAUCCGUAUGAACUAAUGCCAUCUGUUGACAUACUCAAACAACUUCCAUCAGAUUUCUUUGAUAAAAUUGAGGCAAAGAAAUGGCAGGAAAGGAAAGAAGCUUUAGAUGCUUUGCUAAAAUUAGUGGAGAAUCCCAAAAUAGAAAAUGGAGAUUUUGGUCCAUUGGUUAAGUGUAUCUCAAAGGUUAUUGCGAAAGACACCAAUGUUAUAUUAGUGGGUAUUGCAAGCAAAUGUUUGACUGGAUUAGCCAUUGGGUUGAGGAAGAAAUUUUCACCUCAUGCACUAAAUUGUAUACAGAUGAUAUUGGACAAAUUUAAAGAAAAGAAACCUACAGUUGUAACUGCACUGAGAGAUGCUAGUGAUGCAAUUUACCCUUCUACAACUUUAGAAGCUAUUUCUGAAGAUGUCGUGGCAGCACUAGACAACAAAAAUCCUCAAAUCAAAACAGAGACAGCCUCGUUUUUAUCCAGAUGUUUUGCUAAGUGUACUACAGCAACUUUACCUAAAAAAAUGCUCAAGAUGUUCUGUACAGCUUUACUCAAGACGAUCAAUGAUACAACACCAGAAGUAAGAGAGGCUUCGUAUGCAGCACUUGGUAUGGCCAUGAGAGUUGUAACAGAGAAAAAUAUCAUGCCUUUUCUACCAGAUGUAGACAGUAUUAAAAUGCAGAAGAUAAAAGAAAGCUGUGACAAAGCUGUACUACUGAACGCUAAAGGAGAACCCAGGUCUGGAGGUGGUGGUGGUGGAGCCAGUAAACCAGCUCCAACCAAAGCUCCAGAACCCAAAGCUGUAGCAAAACCUAAGUCUACAGCUAAACCUGAUCAAAGACCAAAAACAGCUCCUAAAAAAUCUACACAAAAGAAAGAUACUAAGGGUAAAGGUGGAGGAAAGAAGGGAGGUGCAGCAGCUGGUGAACUUCCUACAGAAAGUGUUCUCUCUGAUGAAGCUGUAGAGGAUAAAGCUGGUGCAGUGUUUCCUGGGGAUACAUUGAAACAGUUGACAAGUGCUAAUUGGAAAGAUAGAUUGGCUGCUAUGGAAAAUAUCACACAGACAAUGAAGGGUAUGUCUAAAGAUGAAAUACCAUGUCAGGCUGUUGUCAAAACAGUUGCUAAGAAACCAGGUCUUAAAGAUAACAAUUUCCAGGUUUUGAAGCUACGAAUAGAACUUAUUACAAUUCUUGCCAAGAAUGCCAAGUUCACAAAAGUAUCUGCAGAAUGUGUUUUAUCAGACCUGAUUGAUAAGAUUGGGGAUGUUAAGCAGGGCAAAUCUGUACAGGAAUGUCUCAGUUGCAUUGCUGAGGCUACAUCAUUAGAAUUUAUUUGUAAAGAGGUAAUACCUCUAGGGUUUGAGAACAAGAAUCCUAAGAAUACAGCUGAAACAUUAGUGUGGCUGGCUCAAGCUGUGAAGGACUUUGGACUGAAGUUGAGUGUCAAACCAUUAAUAACUUAUAUAAAGAAAGCUUUUGCAGCAACUAAUCCAGCUGUGAGGGCAUCAGCAAUCACUGUAACCUCUGUUAUCUAUAUGUACAUGGGACAACAAUUUAGGAUGUUUUUCGAGGAUGAGAAACCAGCUUUGUUGCAGCAGAUAGAUGCUGAGUUUGAAAAGGUGAAAGGUGAAAAACCUCCAGCUCCUACUAGAGGUGUAGUAGCAGGAGCUGAAGGGGAGGAGGAGGAGGAAGAUGAUGAAGAUACACCCAAAGAGGAAGUUAAUAUGGCAGAUCUGAUUGAUAGAAAUGAUAUAGGAGAAAAAUUCACUCCAGAAUUAAUGGAAUCAUUGGUAGAUAAGAACUGGAAGAUAAGGAAAGAAGCUUUAGAAAAAAUCUCAGCCAUAUUGAAUGAAGCUAAGUUUAUAACCGGUAACUUGGGCUCUUUACCAGAAGGUUUGAAAGUUCGACUGGGUGAUAAUAAUAAAGUUUUGGUUGGUUUGACCAUAGGCAUUUGUGUGACAUUAGCGACCAACAUGGGCCCACACUGUAAAGCACAUGUAAAAACAAUUGGACCAGCCCUUCUUGGUUGUUUUGGGGAUAUGAAGCCACUGUUACGUCAGCAGGCUGUGAAUGCUUUGACUUUGUGGACAGAUCAAACAUCACUGAUACCUUUAGUAGAAUGUGAAGCACUCAGUGAUACACUGAAAAUGGAAAAUCCAAAUCUUAGGAUAGAGUUACUGGGAUGGUUGACAGAGAAACUACCAGAUCAUAAAAAGUUACCUGUAGAGUUUAAAAUGUGUAUCCCACAUCUCCUGUCGUGCCUGGAAGAUAGGAAUGGUGAUGUGAGGAAGAAAGCCCAGGACGCUGUUGUUCCUUUCAUGAUUCAUACAGGGUAUGACAGUGUCUUCAAAGCUACCUCUAAACUCAAGCCUGCAUCUAAGGAUCAGAUUAUGGCUAUAAUUGAGAAAGCCAGAGGUAAUCUACCAGCUAAACCUGUGAAAGCCAAGAAAGCUGCUUCAUCAUCUGCUGUCAGUAAACCAGUCAAAGAUGAUUACGACGAACCAGAACCAGUUAAAUCUAGACCUGUGUCUGCUGCCUUGUCAGAUUCGGGGGAUUCCAAACCAGCAAAGACAACAAAAGCUAAAGGAAAAGCAGCUCCUCCACCAGCAACCAGUAAAAAGAAGAAGGCUGAUGAGGAUACAGGUCCAUUGAUGACACUUACUGUUACUAAAGAACAGAGAUUUAAAGAGGAAAAAGCUCUGAAGGUACUCAAAUGGAACUUCAUUGAGCUGAGAGGGGAAUUUAUAGAACAGCUGAGAACUCAGAUGGAGAAGAAUUUCACCAAAACAAUCAUUGACCAAAUGUUUCAAAGUGAUUUCAAAUUACAUAUAAAAGCAAUAGAGAGUUUAAUGAAGUGUAUAAACACUCUACAUGAUGAAACUGUUGGAAACCUUGACCUGAUAUUGAAGUGGUUCACCAUUCGAUUCUUUGAUACCAACCCUAGCAUGUUAAACAAGGCCAUGGAAUAUGUACGUGAAGUAUUCACCAUGUUAUCGGAUGAAGAUUAUCACCUGGUGGAGUUGGAAGCCUCAUCUUUUAUUCCAUACCUCAUUAUAAAGGUUGGAGAGAAUAAAGAUAAUGUUCGGAGAGAAGUUAGAAGUAUAUUUAAAUUGAUAUGUAAAGUGUAUCCUGCUAGUAAAAUGUUUACCUAUCUUAUUGAUGGUCUCAAGUCUAAGAAUUCCAAACAGAGAAUGGAAUGUUUAGAAGAAUUAGGCAGUUUGAUUGAAAGCCAUGGCAUUAAUAUCUGUCAGCCAACUCCAGCCCAGGCUCUCAAAACAAUAGCUGGUAAUAUAGGUGAUAAGGACAAUGGCGUGAGGAAUGCAGCACUCAACACCACUGUUGUAGCUUAUAUGAUAUUACAAGAUAAACUCUUUAAAUACAUCUCAUUAAAAGAGAAAGACCAAAGCAUGUUGGAUGAAAGAAUAAAGAGAGCCAUGAAGAAUAAACCUGCUCAAGCAGCUGUUGAGGAACGACCUCGUACAGCUCCACAACCUCAAAAAGCUCCUUCACAAUCAAAUAUGCAAAGGCCAAACACUGCCAUGCCUAAGUCUGCCUCGUCUAACUCUGUGAAGAAAGAGUUUGCUUUGGAAGUUGACGAUGACCAAAUGUCUCAGCCAGAAAUGCCAAAACUUUACCAGUAUGAUCUUGAUGAACUGUUUCAACCCGUGUCACUACCAUCUGCUGGAAAUAGAGCCAGACCAGCUUCACCUAUGAGAAAUAUGAAUUCCCAUGAUGCAUCAGCUGCUGUUGCUAUGGUGAUCUCACAAAUAACUACAUCAGAUAUAACAAUGUGCAUACAAGCCUUGACUCAGAUAGAUGAGGUUCUUAAAGAUGAAGAAAAGGCAGAAGUAUUAAGUAACCAUGUCGACCAGCUAUUACUGUCUAUGUCCAUGCAAAUAAAGAUGGUCUACUCUACACACAUGAGUAGUGAAUUUACCAGUAAAGACGAUGUAACUCGGUUGUAUAGGUGUUUACUUGGCACUCUAUUAGCGAUUUUCCAGAAUUCAUCCCUGGCAAAGAAAGCUUCUAAGGAUGUGUUAAAAGAUCUAGUCAAUAGUUUAAUAACAAUUCUGUUAGAUAACAGACUGACUAGUCUGGAGGAAGGAGCACAGGUCAUACGUACUGUUAAUGUUAUGGUUGUGAAAAUUGUGGAGCAUGCUGAUCACACUAGUGUACUAAGUGCAUUGAUCAGACUGUUACAAGAUUGUGUUACUAGUGAAACAUGUACUGUGAAGUUUAUAGAGUUAAUUAUGAAGUGUGUAUGGAAAAUGAUAAGAAUGUUACCAGAUAUAAUAAAUGAUCUGAAUCUAGACAGAAUCUUACUGGAUACACACUUGUUUCUAAAAGAAUUCCCAAGUACGUCAUGGAAGAAUCGACCAAGUGAUCUGCCAUUGAGGACAGUUAAAACAGUAUUACAUUCCUUAGUCAAGUUAAAAGGGGCAAAAAUUAUACAACAUAUGGGCUCAAUUGAAUCUGCUGAGAAUUCUGAAGUAAAGGCAUACCUACAGAAAAUUCUCCACAACGAUCCUAAUGCCAAGAAUGAAUGGAAUGAAGAACAGAAAACUCCUAGGAGUACCCAAAAACCAAAGAAAUUGAAUAAGAAUACUCAUGACAUAUUAGCAGAGAUAUUUAAAAAGAUUGGAUCCAAAGAAAAUACUAGAGAGGGCCUGAAUGACUUGUACGACUUUAAGAAGAAGUAUCCUGAUGCUGAUCUGGAACCAUUUCUGAAGAAGUCAUCUAAUUUCUUCCAAAACUAUAUAGAAAGAGGUCUUAAAAAUAUUGAGCAGGAGAGAGAAGGAAAAGUGUCGUCAGAUUUUGGAGUCUCAGUGAGAUCUGACAAUCUACAGAGUACCAAUGAUUCAUCAGUAGGGCAUCAAGAGAAACAACAGGUGGAUUAUUACAGGGAACGUCUCAAAAUACUAAGAGCCAAAUGUGGAUUAGAUAAUGAGGCCAAGUUAGACACAGAUAUUACACCAGAGAUAACAAAACCUCCAUCACCAGAACCAGAAAUACAGGUUGAAAUCAGGGCCCCAGAAAUAGAGACCGACCAAACAAUGCCUCGAUCAACCUCAACAACAGAUGUGUCAGAAUUAAAACAAAGACUUGAACGAAUUAAGAAAUUAGCUAAAAGUUGAACAACUACAAUAACAUUUACAUUGCCAUAGUCAUAUUGUUAAGAUCCAUUAGUAUACAACUUGGUGUCUGUAGCAUUAGCCUAUUUAUCAUGUCAUCUAAACAUUAGAUGUUUUCUAAAAGCUACAGUGUUUCCUGCAAUCGUCAAAGAAUUGAAGGGUGUAAUUUUUCAGCUGAGUGCUUUGUCUGUGCAUUGUGUGUGUUUGUGCUAAUAUCAGACUGGUGUGCUGUAAUGUGUUUAUAAAUCUAUGAUAUAUAUCUGAAUGAAAGGUAUCUGAUUUGUGUGUGUUAUGUAAACCUUCAAACACAAUUAUGGAGUAGGAAGAUUUCAAUGUGUUCUAAAUAAUGUCAGUUCAAACAUUGAAUGAUUGAAACCUAAAAUUAUAUUAAUUAUCAUUUACAGAUUUUGUUUUGGAUACUUUAAGAUUUUCAACAACUUUUGAAAGUUUCAAAACCCAUUUAAAAAAGAGGGUUGGCCCGGAAUCUUCAAAUGAGUAAGAAUUUUUAUUUUACACUCAGUAACCAACAGCAGUGGAUGUUUAUUAGAUGAGCUAGAAAAACUGAAGCCUUAAAUUAUUUAUUUUGUACACAAUUUAGAAUUGUUUUCAUAUUUUUAGGAUAAACAUUAAAAUCCAUACUGUUCUUGACUGCAUCUAUGAUCACCAAUUUGUUUCAGUAUUACAUACCUUUGUGCUAAAUUAAUGUAUUUUUGAACAUGUAAAUUAUAUAAAAAGUUGGAUGUAUGACUGCUGAUAGAAUCAUCAUUGUUUUGGGUACAACAGAUUGCCUUUAUUACUCAUUUUUGUAACGGUAGUGACUUUUACAGUAGAUUAUUCAGCAGUAGAAAAGUUUCAUUUGUUUACUGGAAAAAACUGCCAAAUAGAGGAUAGCAUCAAUGUAAUAUUCAUUUCCUUUUUAUAUUAGUCCUACAUCAAACAGUUUGUAAAUCAUUGUUCAUUAUUCCGAUUGCCAACAUUUAACAUCAACAAAUCCUAGAGGCACUUAACUUGUAUUCCUUUAUACGUACACACACACAACUUAAAUAAUUUCCAACAUUUAGCAUCAACAAUUUAAACAUCCGAUAGGCACUAAACGUGUACUCCUUUAUACACACAUACACAUUGUUAAUGAUUCAGUAAGAUUUGAGGUAGAAACCAAAGAUAACUUCUAAUGAUGAUAUACCAGUGACUAGCAAUUUUCUGUAAUUGGUUUAAGGCAACAUUUUGGCUCAAAUUUAUUUCUACUGAGACUGAAAUGAAUAUUUAGUUGCUAAAGGAAAAUAAAAUAUUUUUGUUAUA